AUGGUCUCCCACUCAUCCCUCCCAUCCUCUCGCGAGGUGGACGUGACCGACGUCGUCGCUGCCCUUCCCUCCCUUCCUGCUGUGGCCCGCACGCCAUCGAUGCACCCCCAUGGCCCCCUCGCCCCAUCGUCAUCAACCGGCUCGUCGACGGCCAGCUCAUCCCCGACGCACAGCAAGCUUCAGCUCUCCGGCGACUCAGAGAAGGGUGCAGAGAUCGGUCCCUGGGAGGGCUACCUCGACGACCCGCUACCGGAAAAGACCCAGGGACAUCUCUUCCGCAACGCGCGCUUCCAGAUCAUGUCUCUCUAUCGUCGUCUCUUUGGCGUCGUCUUCACCGUCAACAUGGCCCUGUUUAUUGUGGCCUGCGUGCGCAGGGCGGAUGCAAUGUACCUCGGUCAAGUCGCCAUAGCGAACUUCUUCGUGGCCAUUCUCAUGCGCCAGGACUACAUCAUCAACGCGUUCUUCGCAGUCGCCUGCCUUGCGCCACAAUCCUGGCCGCUGUGGAUCCGGCGGAUCCUCGGUCGAGUCUACUGCAUCGGAGGCAUUCACUCGGGGGCGGCAGUGAGCGGGACAAUUUGGUUGGUUCUAUUCACGGCCCAAGGUACUCGUCAAUUUCUGCACCAAGAUCAUAUCUCUAUCCCUACCUUGGUGUUUGCCUACACCAUAAUCGCUCUUCUCGUGGGGAUGAUCGUCUUCGCUUACCCUCAAGCUCGCAUUCGCCAUCACAACACUUUCGAGACGGUCCACCGCUUCUGUGGCUGGACUGCGAUUGCGCUCGUAUGGUGCCUUGUUAUCUUCCUUCUCAACGAUUACCGUGUUCCUGGACAGACUCUGGGACGCACGGUCGUGGGAGCCGCGCCGUUCUGGCUUGUGCUCGUUAUGACAUGGUCCAUCAUCCUCCCCUGGCUCCGGCUCCGGAAGGUCGUCGUCCGCUCCGAGGUCCUCUCGAACCACUGCGUGCGCCUCCACUUCGACUACACGAACACCCACCCAGGCCACUUCGUCCGCCUCUCCACCGCCCCGCUCACCGAGUGGCACUCCUUCGCGACGAUCUCCGUCCCCGGCACCCCCGGCUUCUCCACCGUCGUCUCCCGUGCGGGCGACUGGACGUCGACGUGCAUCGCGGCGGAGCCGACGCGGCUCUGGGUCCGCGGCGUCCCGUGCUACGGCGUCGUGCGCGUCACGCCCCUCUUCCGCCGCGUGUUGCUCGUCGCGACGGGGAGCGGGAUCGGGCCGAUCGCGCCCGUCGUGUACGCGCAGCGGACGCAGCUCAGGCUGCUGUGGAGCGCGCCGAGCCCGAGGGAGACGUUCGGGGACGCGCUCGUCGACUCGCUCGUCGCGGCGGACCCGGGCGCGGUGAUCUACGACACGCGCAAGCACGGGAAACCGGACAUGGUGAAGCUCACGUACCGGAUGGUGCGGGACUUUGACGCGGAGGCGGUGGUGAUCAUCUCGAACGAGCCGCUGACGAAGAAGGUGGUGUACGGGAUGAUGAGCAGAGGCAUCCCGGCGUUUGGGGCUAUCUGGGACUCGUGA